GUCCUUUUCUGACGAGUCCUGACGUUCUUGCUUGGUUUUUUUGUCUACAGAGAUCUGUGAGGAGAGAAUAAAAAAAUACCCGUGGUUUGUGUGAAACGACCGAAUCGCGCUGAAAGCUGAGAGACACGAGAGUUGAAAUUUCAAAAAUCGAAAUCGAGCGAAAAAGGACCCCUUGAAGAAAAAAAGAGUUGAAUAAGAAAAAGACGAAGAAGAAGAAGAAGAACAAGAACCAGAAGUCGGGUGACAAACAUGCAUAUGGAAAUCCAGGUUGCGCUGAACUUCGUCAUCUCCUACCUGUACAACAAACUCCCGCGCCGACGCGUCAACAUCUUCGGCGAGGAACUGGAGAAGGCACUGAAGGCCAAAUUCGACGGGCACUGGUACCCGGAGAAACCGUGUCGCGGGUCUGCAUUCCGCUGCCUCAAGACCUCGAACCCCGUGGACCCCGUCUUGUGCAUUGCCGCCCUCGAGUCCGGCAUGGUCCUCGACGACAUCCGAGAACACCUGCCGCAGGACAUGUCUGUGUGGAUUGACCCCGGCGAGGUGUCUUUCCGCAUCGGGGAAAAGGGCCCACUCAAGAUGCUCUACUCUGAGAAGGGACGCCAAGGCGGUGGCGGCGGCGGUGUGGCGUGUGGCGUCGUGCCGGCCGGUGUCGCUGCUGCUGUGUCUGCGGGGGUUCCCGGUGGAGCCGGAGCCGUGAAUGGAGGUGCCAUGGCUGUGGUGCUGGAUGACGGCGCUGUGGCGGUGGUGCCGAAUAGCGAGAUGGACAAGCCGGUGGCGGACUUGGCGACGGCGAUGACGACGUUGCGAGUGGCGUCGCCGACGGCGGUGAAUAAGCAGCCGGUGACGUUCACGACGGCGGCGUUUGCGCAGACCAAGUUUGGCAGCACCAAGUUGAAGAACUCGUCCAAGCGGCCGAAUCGCAUGUCGCCGACUGAGUUUUCGCAUUACAUCAAGCAGAGGGCUUUGUUGCAGCAGCAGCAGAGGCUGAAAUUUGCCGCUCCCGUCGUGCAGCCGGCCCAGCGUGCCAACGGGUACUCUGGGUUCCCUCGCCCGCGGUCUUUGAGCCCCGGCAGCGCCGGAUACGAAUUGCCGUCUCCGCUGUCCUACCUGUCUGAGAUGAAGGCGCCGGUGGCCCAAGGCAUCUCUCCGUUCCCGGACACUACGGGUCUGUGGCAGCCGCCGUCGGCGUCCGACUUGUUGGGCGGUCUUCAACAGCAGCAGCAGAGUUUCGGCGGCGGCACUCCGAGCCUCACUCCGCCGCCGUCCUCGGGGUCGUCCACGUCGUCGCUCAUGAUGGGACAGUCGCCGGCGCAACUCGGCGACCCGCAAGACCUGAUGGAUGGACUCAACUUGGGCGCCUUGGCGUACACGAACGCCAGCAACGGCUAUCAACACCUGCUGGUUGCCAACUAAAGUCACACUUUUAGCGAGACAAAUUGCUACUGCUCUUCGUGGCGCCGAUGGCUCGAUUUUUUUUUUCUCGCUCUUGUGGGCGGAAAAGAAAAAGAGGGAAGAAGAAACAACUGCAACAACGCGUCGGCGCCUUUUUUUCUCCUUUUAUUUCUACUAUGCUGCUUUUUUCUCCUCCUGUUUCUUUUUCACCUGAUCUAUCCACGUGUUUCUUACGUGCUUACUCACGGGAUUUUUUUUUUAUCGGAAAGUCAAGAGCGAAAAAUUUCGUGCUUCUUGGUUAAAAGACUUGAAAGAAGAGUAGGAUUCCUUUUUUGGCGGACUUAUUUUUGCAACUGCCAGUACGCGAAUUCCACGCGUGGAAGUUUGCACGACGUAUCAACGAUGUAGCGGCGAUGUGCAAAAAUAGUUUCCGGUCAUCUAUUUACAGGCGCCAUUUUCUCGUCCUACUUUUUUGCUGAUGAAUUUUUUUUUUGGUCUAAACUUGAUAUAGAGAAAUGUACCGUAACUGAAGUAGACUUUAUUUGCCUCUCGCUUCGGAUGCAUGUAUACAAAAUAUAUUUUUCUCUAUCUCUCUUUGAUCGUUGUCCGCUUGAGGAACUCCCGGAAGUUCAUCGCAGUGCUCUUAUUCAGCGUACCGUUUUCAAGUUUUGUAUUUUGGUCCGUUAGUCGUGAAAAAAAGGACAGAAAAAAAUAUGUUUAGGGAGCACUGUGUUGCGGUGAACCAAGGACUGGAUCCAUCGGUAUUCGAAAGCGUUUUUUUUCGGUUAAAAAAAAUAUUGUCUUUCCGUUUUUUGUUUUGGAAUUGCACUUGGGUUUUUUCGAGGUGCAAUACAUACGAGUGAAGUGGGUGGAAAGAAAGAGAUCUUAGGAUUUAGUGUUUUUAACGAUUGCACUAGCGAGAAAACCGAUGAGAAAAAGAAAAACGGAGAAAAGAACAUCACUGACGCGUCGAAAAGGGUGGAGUUGUUACGUUAUGUAAUUUUGUCCCUCUUUUCUUGAGGUGUUUUUUUUUCUGCGGAACACCAACGUUGGAAUUUUUGUUUUAUAGCUUUUAGAAGGAAGAAAAUUUUUGCAAGUUUGCGUUUUUAUAGAGCACAUGAGAAUCGUGAGGAUUCGGAUUUCGUAACGAGCGGUUUCCUUCAUUUCUUCUUAGUCUUUGGUUUUUCAUUUUCGGGAGGAUUGAAGUGGAUGAAAAAUUCUUGUAUUUAACCGAGUUCUGUUACGUUCUUUUUCAACUGGAUGAUACCAGAGAAAAGCUUGGAUCCUUUUUGACUCUACCGUGGCUUGGAUUAUAUUUUUUACUCUGCUCUGGUCGUACCCCUCGAAAAAAUGAAAAAAAAAAAUUGGGAAUUUUAGGGAGAGAAAAGGGAGUUUACUUGGUGUAGAUUUUUUGCUGUGAUUUCCGGUUCGGAUUUCGGUUUCUAGCUGGACGUUCUUGGCUAGUGAUCUCUGCGUGACUAGUUUUUUUUUUUCUUUCCCUGCCCGAAAAGAUUAUUUGCUUUUGCUUAAUCUCUUCGAGGAAUUUCGAGUGUCAGCACUUGAGGGCAUCCCUGGGAUGAUGGUUUUUUUUGUUUUAAACAAAAUGUUGGCUCUUUUUUUUUGAAGACGUUUUCAGAAGUCCUUCGGAUUUUUUUUUUCGUUUUCAAGAGAGGGGGCGGAAAAAGAUGGUUGUGCUGUGAUUAGCCGCGUUGGGGGGGAUCGGGAAGGAAAUUCUGCUUCGCUUCUGGCAUAUCAGACAUGGUUUUAUCCGCGUCUCUGGGCUAUUUUUAUUUUCUACAGUUUGUUUCUAGAUAGCUUGUCAGAGAGGGAAGUAGUUUAAAGGGCAGUCGGGGGAAGUUUUUCACGCUAGUCCCCCGUGUUAUGAACUGGCGGAGGGACUUCUUUUUUUUUUUUGCAGGACUUUCUCAGGGUUGCCUGGAUUUGACCCGGAAGCAUUUGUUGUAGACAUCUGUGAGCCAGAUUUUUUUUUUCAGUUUCAUUUCUUGUGGAGGCACUUGGCGAUUGAUCGUUCAUGCGGCCUUGUAUUAUUUUCUAAAAAAUUUUGAAGCUUGUUCUGCAAAAUUAAUGAUUUUCAAUGUCGAGCAAUUUGAUUUUAUUUAUGGACUUCUGUAUGCAGUAGCUCAUUCUAUUUAGAAAAGAAUCUUAAUUUAGAUUAAUAUUUGAGAAAUUCGAUUAAGAUAUUGAUAUUCGCUCCAGAAAUUCGAUGCGUAAGUUUCUAACAUGACUUGAUUGAAUCGAAGUCGAGUAAAUUAUUAUCAUUGAAAUUUUUCGCCUUACUGAGAAUCAAGAAAUUUAAUAUUCUAUUGAAUGUCCCGAGGUGCAACUGAAAUUCUAAAUUUAAAUAAUGUCGAGUUACAUUCUUGGAUCAUUAAAUGGCCUGUCGUUGAUUUUAUCCCAAGACUGGUGUAAGGUUUCAUUUUCUUCGAAAUCAACAGCUAAUUUUCCGAUUCCUCAAUUAUUUUGUUUUCCAUUGUCGAAGCACUAGAACGCUGAGUAAAUUUCCCUUUAAUUACUUUCAUCACCACAGGUGGAGUAAUUCUGUUUUUUUCUGCAUUGGUGCGUUCUGAUGAUAUAACUUACUUUCUGGGACAUUUUCGACUAAUCAAUCCAUCGCACGAAGGUCAAAUGUAGUUCGUGACUAAUGGAACAUCCGAGGUAACUAAUUCGCUCCUGUUCGAGAAAAGCACGAGCAUGCUUUGCUAGAAGAAAGAAAAAAAGAACCCUAUUGAUUGACUUCAGACACAUUCACCAGAAAGAAAGAAAAGCACAGAAAUUAUUCUCUCUGAAUCGUGUCUUUCCACGUUUACGAUUUAGAAUAAAAAAAAAAAACAGCUCGAGAGAAGAAAAAAAGAAAAAUGAGUGGCUCGCACUUGACUGCAAAUGACUAGUCCAAGGCAACUCCGGGAAAGUUUUGAACAUGCCCUCGAAUUUAGCCGUAGUAGUGUUAGGUUUGUAACGCAUUCGUCGCAAUUUUUUUUUUUUGAAUCUUUCUCCUUCGCAAAAAAAAAAUCUUUUUUGUUCCAUUUUUUAGGUCUUGGUAACCUGACUUUGGGGUGGGAGGUGUGGGCAGAAACCAGCGGAAAGGAAUCCACGGUGUGUGCAUAUUUGUUAUCUACAUGGAAGGAAGGAUAAGGGAAGAUGAAAUUACUGGGAACGAUGUUUUGUACCAUUUCAUCGUAAUUGUACUUUUUCACUGGUUUUCAUAAUUGUAACUUAUUAAUUUUUUACUGCGUUGUGCAAUACGAGAUAAUGUUUAGCCUUCAUGAGUUUAAGAAAAAAAAAGAAAACGAAAGAAAAAAUUGAGGGAAGAGAGAGAAAGAGGGAAGACUGGGAAAAGGGGAAGAAGCGGGAAAAAAAAAGGAAGAAACGAGGAAAUCGGGAACGAGAAAAGCGGAAGUGUGUUGUUGGAUUGGCACGGUUUCGUUGCUUUUUUUCGCUGCGGUGUGUCGUUUUAUUUUUAUUUUUAUUUUGUUUUCAUUGUGCGCUGCUGCUGCAUGUUCCCCGUGGCCCCAGUUUUUUCAUUGUGGUGUGUGUCGACGACGACGACGACGACGGGGAGAAAAGAAAAAAAAAAAAGCAAGUCAAGGAGUGAAGAGAUUCUUGUCACUUAUUCCCUCAUUGUUAAUCUUUGUUUACAUCGUCGCUUUUUUUUUGGGAGGAGUUUGAUCCAAAUUUUUUCACAUGUUUGGGUUUGCGCAGGAAGUACAGGAAAUGCAAAAUAUUUUCAUGAUUGAAAAAGGCGAGA